AUUCUCAUCUUCAAACUUCAGUACUUCACAAUACACACAAUUCACAAGAAAGCAAAAGAGUUUAACUUCUCCAAUCAAACAAGAAAAAAUCAAAAAAAAAAAAAAAAAAAAGAUGAGUUCAUCGAGCAAAGCAUGGUUAGUAGCAGCAAGCAUCGGUGCCUUGGAAGCGUCCAAAGAUCAAUUAGGAAUAUGCCGGUGGAACCACUUGAUCAGAUCUGUGAAUCAACGUAUCAAGAACAACGUGAGAUCCGCUUCUCAAGCGAACAGAUUCUCUUCUUCGACUACCACCGCCGUUGUAGCUUCUGUUAAGGAUGAUGUUAAGACGAAGCAAGCUGAGGAGUCUCUUAGGACGGUUAUGUACUUGAGCUGUUGGGGUCCUAACUAACUGAGACAGGAUCGAGAAGUUGCAAAAUGAUUACUACUUGGGGUUUUGGGGAUGCAAAUAGAUGACGCAUUUGAUUUGUCAUAUAGAAGUUGCAAAAGUGAUUACUACUUUGUACUUUGUACAUAAUGUUUGGUCAAUUUAAAUAGAAACUAAUUUUGGGACUUUUACUA